CAGGAGUUUGUACAGAGAUCUUCAAAAGAGAGUGUGUGAUCUUCCAGAAAACAGUCUACUGCUUUGUUCACCUGAGCAUUCAGGAGUUUCUGGCUGCAGUCUACAUGGCCCACUGUUACACAAACAGGAACACAGAGGUACUGGAGGCCUUCAUGAGAGAAGAUAAUGAUGAGCAGACGGCUGAUGAUAAGAAGACGGAUGAUGAGGAGGAGACGGAUGAUGAUGAGGAUCAUAAAUAUGACAGUUAUGAUGAUGAGGAGGGGGACUAUGAUGGUGUGAUGGACGAUGAUGAGGAGGAGGAGGAGGAUGAUGAGGAGGAGACGGAUGAUGAUGAGGAUCAUAAAUAUGACAGUUAUGAUGAUGAGGAGGACUAUGAGUGUGUGAUGGACGAUGAUGAGGAGAAAGAUGAUGAUGAUAUGGAGGGUGAUGAAAGCAACAAUGACAAUUACUCAUCUCUGGAUGUCUUCCUGAAGAGAGCCAUGGAGAAAUCCCUUGAAAGUAAAAAUGGCCACCUGGACCUGUUUGUUCGCUUCCUUCAUGGCCUCUUUCUAGAGUCCAACCAGCAACUCUUAGGAGGUCUGCUGGGUCGGACAAACAACAGUCCAGAAAUCAUCCAAAGAAUCCUCAACAACCUGAAGGAGAUGAACAGAGAUAAAACCUCUCCUGACAGAAGCAUCAACAUCUUCCACUGUCUGACGGAGAUGAACGACCACUCGGUACAUCAGGAGAUCCAAGAGUUCCUGAAGUCAGAGAGCAGAUCAGAGAAGAACCUCUCUUUGAUCCACUGCUCAGCUCUGGCCUACAUGCUGCAGAUGUCAGAGGAGGUUCUGGAUGAGUUGGACCUGAAGAAGUACAACACAACACAGGAGGGACGACGGAGACUGAUUCCAGCUGUGAGGAACUGCAGAAAAGCUAAACUUUCUCACUGUGGACUCUCAGAUACUCACUGUGAAGUUGUGGCCUCAGCUCUGAAGUCCAACCCCUCCCAUCUGAGAGAGCUGGACCUGAGUAGAAACUACUUCCUGCAGGAUUCAGGAGUGAAGCUGCUGUCUGCUGGUCUGGAGAGUCCAAACUGUAGACUGGAGACUCUGAGAUUGAGUGACUGCAGUUUGUCAGAGAUCAGCUGUGCUUCUCUGGUCUCAGCUCUGAAGUCCAACCCCUCCCAUCUGAGAGAGCUGGAUCUGAACUACAACGAGCUGCAGGAUUCAGGAGUGAAGCUGCUGUCUGAUCUUGUGGAGAGUCCACACUGUAGACUGGAGUCUCUGAGAUUGAGGAGCUGCAGUUUGUCAGAGAUCAGCUGUGCUUCUCUGGCCUCAGCUCUGAAGUCCAACCCCUCCUAUCUGAGAGAGCUGGAUCUGAGUGGAAACAACCUGAAGGAUUCAGGAGUGAAGUUGCUGUGUGGUUUUCUGGAGAGUCCACACUGUAGACUGGAGACUCUGAGGAUUGACAAGAAGGUCUACAGAGCUGCCGGACACAAAGAAUGUGACUCAGAUGUCAAACUGAAUGAGGGAAUAAAGCUACCUGAGGACGACAAAAAGGCUCCAACAUCCUUCUCACCUGAGCAGACAGCUGAAUCUUCAUACAGCUUCAGGUGUCCUGGUCCAGGUGUGUUCCAGUGCGCUUUGACUGGACUGGUGUUUGUCAUGGCUCAGGAGGCGGAGCUACUGUACAGGACCGUCCAAUGGGAUGAGAGCCUCCUCCAAUCAGCUGGCAAAAUGGCUGCAGGGCCGCUGUUUAACAUCAAGUGUUCUGAGGAUGCUGCUCUCCGUCAGCUCCACCUCCAACACUGUGAAACAAAGGAAGCAUUGCUCUCCGAUGGCCUGUUGUCUGUUGCUCACAUCUCUGAUGAUGAAAUGAGCAUCUUGGAGCCGCUGGAGAUUACAGACACCCAUGUGGUUGUGAAGAUCUCUCACCUCUCUGCCUAUGGCCUGAUCUGGGAUAGGCUUCGGAACCUCAUAUGGCCGAUAAAUGGCCAAGUUCUGCUGUUCCUCCGAACUCCCAACAGAACACAUCAAGUACUCGAUAUCUUACUGCUGAACAGCAACGUCGAUGUAACCGAGGUUGAGGCCCGACAAAGAGGUUCUACGUACAUCCCCAACUCUGCCAAGUGUCUUUUCAACUUUGGUCAAAGUUACAGUGUCCACUGUGAACCUGAGGGCUUCACAAUACAACCUGAUCGUGCACCAUUUGACUCAGAUUAUGGACCAAAUUACCAUCCGACAUUUGAAAUUUUAAUGACUACGAUCCCAGAGAAAGUGACUUUGACGGUCCAGGAUCAAGAGAGGACAGGCGACGUCUGGAAACGUGAAGUGUGUCUGACAGAUCUAAGAAUGGAAAUCCCUCAGAGGAACGUCCCACCAGAGGACAGCGUCCCACCGGAGGACAGCGUCCCACCGGAGGACAGCGUCACACCGGAGGACAGCGUCACACCAGAAGAGAGGCUGCGGUUGGUUCGAUCAAAGUUUGUAGAGGGAAUGUCUGAUCCUAAUCUGAAUAAGCUUCUGGAUGAACUCUUUCAGCGUCGCGUUAUAAGCGAUAAUGAAAUGCAGUCAAUCAGAACAAAAGCCAAGAGAGAUAAAGCACGAGACCUGAUCGACACGGUGCGACAUAAGGGAACUGAAGCCAGCUCAGUUCUGAUCGCUGCUCUCCGUAAGGACGAUCCGUGGGUUUUCAGAACUUAGGCUGAAGCAAAAGCUAGAAGCUGUAGUGUGAUGAUGAAUCUCUAUAAUAUCUGUCUGUUUUAGAGACUCACAUCAUUUAUUGUUAUCUUUAAAUGAUAAAUUCCGUCAUCGAAGCCUGUGUGGACUUUCACUCUGAAGGUGAUUCACUGAAGUUUGGGGGAAGAAAGUGAAUUCAUUUUCAAGCUCUUGUGUCUCAGGAUUUUAUAAUCAUUUACUGAUAUGUGCUGGGUCCAGGCUUCAAGGCUAAUGAUACACGUGACCGUUUCCAGGACAAGCUGGGGCCCUGUGUGAUAAGAGCUUCUUCUAUCUCAGUUCUAAUAAGUAGUAGAAAAAGAAUGGUGACUCAGCAAAGAAACAGGAAGAUUUUUACUGCAAAUUUAUCAAAUUUAGCAUUGAUUCCUUGCCAGCCAAGCCAUGUCCCAAAAAAAAAUAAUAAUGCUUCUAGCACAUUAAAGCUAGCCCUGUUAAAC